AUGAAUCAAAAGACGCUCUCUGGGCGUUAUGUACGUAUCGGCAGUGACGCGAGUGAUUCAAGAUCGCGUACGGGAACAGAGAGCUUUGACUCGAGCCCUGAGCGUAUCUCCCGGGGCUCUGCGCUUCCUGAAAUGAGUUAUUCGUCACUGCGCUCCUACGGUAGCGCACUCGACCUGGCUGCCACUCCGCAAGAGACCACAGAAGUGGAUCCCGCACCCCUUGACUGCAAGUCGUUGGUAUCGGAAAUCGAAAGAGGCACUGGCGGUGCCGUUGUAUCAACUAGUGACAUCGCUGGACCAGCUGCUGCCCGACAUUCACUCGGUGAGGUGGGCUCCAGCUCCGAUGUACCUGCUUCGGACUCCUCGUGGUUGAGCUUCCGCGGCUUCCUCUCUUCCGUUCGAGGCUUCGUCGGGAAAAACCUUCCCAAACGGACCAGUAUAGUUUCGGAGACGCGUGCAAGGCACCCGGAGCAUCAGCGCUCGGGUUCCAGCACCGGUCAGCGGCAUCGCAGCCGCAGUGUCGAUGACGCCACGUACCCGCCGGCUUUCGAAAGGAGCGGAAGCGGCAGUUUAGCUGCACCAAUCGGCACCAGUGCAGGUGGUGACACGGACCUGAGGGGCCGCCUCAGCACUGCCCCAGAGUCGGGACGCAGUUUGCUGCACAGGCUAACCCAGCCACUGCGCAAACCGUCUCCGGAUUCGAGUCGACGAGAUCUGCUUCUAGAGUUCGGUACUGCUGAAGUGGAUCAAGCUGGGUUUCAAGUGAUCACUCGGAUGAGAGAGCGAUCCGCGGGUGAUUCGAGGAAGCCGCAGCAGGGUGUAGAAUUUCUUAUUAAGAACUUGGAUACCGGUGAAGAACGGUAUCUCACUGAGCAGGAAGUUGCCCAGAUGACUUCCGCGGAUACAGUGCAGCAACUGAUGCGGCGACAACGUUCCGUCAUGCAGCGUCGUGACCCCCACCAGGACGAUCCGACGGGCGCAAGCUCCGGUACGAAAAGUCGCCGUUCACGUACCUUUUCCUCGACGCCACUGGGGCGAAUUCGAGCAUUUUCAUUAUUACCGCGCGCGAAAACAGCACCGACGCAUGCGUCGCCCUCGAUAUCCUCGACACAAGCCGCGGCUUUGCAGCACAGCAAGUCGGCAGCGACCCGCACCAGGCAAGACGGUGCAAUGCUCAAUACACAGCGAGUGCAAGCCGGUGCAGACUCGCUCACAUCGCUGACAUCAACCGCCGGUGCGGCCGCAGAGACGCCGCUCGCUGGCGAUGGAAAAGCGUUCGGCUCCGUAGUCGACGACACAGUCGAGGAUUUUCGGUCACCCGCGGGCAGCCUCGACCGGGGCCUGCUUACAAAAGCCGCCGCACCAGCUACUGCCAGUACAGCGACGCAACGCGCUAUCACUGAGGACACGACCGUACUCGGUAGGCCGCGCUUUCUAUUCAAGUUCCCUGAAAAGGGUAGCGCUUUGAACAAGCGCGAGUACCAACGGCUGCUUCGGGAAUUCCGUGUUGCACAGCGCUUUGUGCGCGUCCAUGCUCCGAACAAGUCGCGAGGAGCUAACACCACCGCCAACAUGUGUCUGGUACAGUGCUUCAGGCCGCACACAGGACCUGUCUGGAGUAUGGAAUUCUCUGCCGAUGGUCGAUAUCUGGCGACUGGCGGUCAAGACGCCGUGAUCAUGGUUUGGAAAGUGCAGAACGAGCCGCACACGCUGAAUUAUUCGAAUGCGGACUUGUUGGAGAUUGCCAGCUGGUUGCGCUCACCGGCUACGGCAGGCGCGCGAGCGUUUCAAAGGCUGCUGACCCCGCCUCCGGAAAGCAGCGACGGAGCAGCGGUCACCGUGGACGACGGACCCGAGCGUCUGUACGCACGCUGUCUAUUCGAGGUCCGAGAGCCUCAUCGAGUGUUUCGCGGACACGGGGGUGACGUUCUCUGUGUCGCGUGGUCUGCCAAUAAUUUCCUUUUAUCCAGCUCUAUGGACAAAACUGUGCGUCUUUGGCACGUAGACUACAACCAGGUGUUGCGCAAGUUCCUGCAUGCCGAUUUUGUAACCUGUGUCGCCUUUCAUCCGCGGAACGAGAAUUUCUUCCUCAGUGGCUCUUUGGACGAGCGUAUUCGUCUCUGGAACAUUAGCUCGCGGCACGUUUCAGACUAUGCAGAAGUGCGGGGCCUCGUAACCGCUUGUGGGUUUACACCCAACGGCGAGCAGGCGCUCGUUGGCACGUAUCGCGGUGAGUGCAAAGUCUACAACGUUGUCCGUUUCGAGGAGGGCGAACGGGCUCUCCAGUACAUCACGACCCUGGAGGUGCACAGUCGUCGCGGACGCAAUAGCAAGGGCAGCAAAAUCACCAGUUUCGCCAUGAUGCCAACACCGGAUCGAGGCCCUGGUCGAGGCACCAACAGCGGCAGCGGCAGUACCGCUCCAGCGGUGUCGACGACCUCCAACGUUUUCGUACCUGGACAGAACGCCGGCAACGAGUUUGCAGCGACCAUGGCACCGAGUGCACACAGCAGCAGCAACACCGGCAGCAGCAGCAGCAGCAGCAACAGCUCUCAGCACUACGAAGUAUUGAUCAGCACCAACGACAGUCGUAUACGGUUGUAUCGGGUUCAGGACUUGCGCAUUGUAAGCAAGUUCGUCGGACACUCCUGUACUUGGAACCAUAUCCGGGCAAGUUUCAGUGACGAUUUUCGGUACGUGAUCACGGCUAGUGAGGAUCGGCUCGUCUACAUCUGGAAUACGGUGCUGUACGAGCAAGCCGGACACCACAGCGCACCCGGUUGUGCCUUGCACCUAAGCCAGUGGUCGAAAGGCACGCCCCGGUUGCGUGACGCAGGUGGCGGCACCGCUGCUGCAGCUCAUGAAAUGGCACCCGAAGCGUCAGCGGCACUUGCGAGUAACCCGCAGACGCGGCACUCAGGGCCCAUUACCAACACCAACAACCCGAGUAGCACGACGAAUGCGGCCCGUACCGAGCAGCAGUACUAUCCAGACCGUAUGCUGUCGGAACGGGCAUCCGCAUCCGCAUUGACCUCGAAUCCGUCCAGCAGCGCAGCAGCAGGCACAAGCCGCGACGGUACCAGUUCGAGUCAACUGCCUCGUAUUCGUCGUUACCGUAACGACCGUUUCGAGGCCUUCAUGCCGUUCGGUGAAGCGCACGUUACAGCUGCGGUGUUUGCACCCCAGCGCAGCACCAAUCGACUGGACGUCAUCGAGCGAAGCCCGUCCACUUCCAUCUACCCAACACGUGCGAAAAUAGCACCAGCACCAGUAACAGCAGCAGCAGCAGCAGCAGCAACGCCCUUGUCGUCGUCUGCAACUGGUACGGCGGCACUGCUGCGCGCAACGUCCACUUCUGACGGCCUGGUGGUCGUCGUUGCAGCACACGACGGCACCAUUGGGGUUUUCGAGAACAUCCCUGCAGACUUUGUGCCUUGGUAA